CAAGAGACUUUGGUGAGCAUGGAAGAAAAUGGGAGCUCUGAGAAUUCUCCCUUUCUUUCUUCAUGGGACUGGAAGAACAAUGCAGGAACUAUGGUGCUGAGUCAGUGUCCGUCCCCUCAGAGCCUAUCUCCAUCUUCUUCCUUUGAAUCUUACUCAUCCUCUCCUUGUGCGGUUGUCAUGGAGAUGCCCUGCGCCAACAGCAGCAGCAAGAGCGACAGCGGCAAUAGCUUGAUGGGAUAUACCCUGGUGGAGUUUCCUGCCAUGUACCUACCAAACCCUGGACAGGGCAAGGGCCAGAAAGGUUCCAAAGUCAGGAUGUCGGCCCAGCGCAGGAGAAAAGCCAGUGAAAGAGAGAAGCUGAGAAUGAGGACCCUGGCUGAAGCACUGCACACGCUGCGCAACUAUCUGCCUCCGGUCUACAGCCAAAGGGGACAGCCUCUCACCAAGAUACAGACUCUGAAAUACACCAUCAAGUACAUUGGUGAGCUCACAGACCUUCUGAAUACUGUCCAACAAGCACAGAUGCCUUGA